AUGCAGCCAUCUGCGGCUACCAAUGAAAACUGGCGAACAGUGAUGUCGGACUUCAGGGUACAAGCGUUAAACGGAUCAUCAAAGCGCGGGAAUUUCAACACUAGAGAAGAUCACCCACCGAUCUUGCUCUCCCAAGACUACGGCGUAGUCAGUCGCGAUCGGAUAACCGAGCACAGAAGGUCACGGGGAACCUCUGCAAAACCCCAAGCAUUUUGCACUACUAAGCCGUGGCAUCAAUCCGCACUUCUGAAGGCAGAAGGGGAAGAGCGGCUACACUGCAGGAUCCAGGAGUGGUCCAAAGGUCAUCUAAGGUCAUACGAUUGCCACACGGGUACGUCAACAUCCCCCAACAUUGGUCCUUCGAACCGGAUGACGCCGGUCAAACCCGUCCCUGGCAAACGGAACAAAGGAUCGCGUCUGGACAUCUGCACUACUGCACUUCUGCACAUUAUCGGGAUACCUGCGAGGACGUUGUGGACAGAACCUGCGCCAAAAAAGGGUUUCUCAGGUAAAGUAGAACCUUACUUCGUAUAUGUUCUGUCGAAGCGUCCAAUAUUUCAACCCACUAACACCGAUUUUCGACCAUCGGCUAUUGUGAUCCAUCGGUUCCUGCCUGGAGGAACAUUGACCAAAGGUUGGCCAAUAACAUCCGGAACAACGUUACGGGACGUCCGUACUUCAAGCGACAACUACAACGCAUGUGCAUGGUGGCCUUUUCCACAAAGGCUGGACGGCCAUUUUGAAGAUCGUUACCGGUUCCAAAUUGCAUGCAUCUGGUCUCGGAUUCGGAGGCGAGCGGUCGACAAGGGCAUCGCGGAACGUUAUUUCCUUCUAGAUCAACUUCUUCAACCCGUUGAUUAUAAGGAUCUUUUGUUGGUGGAAAUUUUUGGCUCUUGUUUAGAUCCCCACACGAGGCGUGGAUGGGAAGAAUACUCCGCAUCUCACGAGCAGGACACAGUCAAAUCUCUCACCGAAUUUGUCCAGAGAAGAAUAAGGGUAUUGGAGUCUUUGCCUGGAAGAGUGGUUCUAGACAAUAGACAAGAUUCGCAGAACACUUUUAGGAAAAGGCAACCACUAACGCGUACUAGCUACAACGUAACUCAAAAUUCGUUCCCGAAAUGUCCGGCUUGCUCUGAAAAUCAUUGGCUUCAUCUCUGCUCAGCUUUCCAACAAAUGUCAGUUGCUAACAGGGAGUCUUUGGUCCGAAACAACAACCUUUGUCGCAACUGCUUUCGCCAAGGUCAUCGUGCAAAUGAAUGCUCAUCGAAAUAUUCGUGCAGGAAAUGUAAGGCUAGGCACCAUACCAUGGUGUGUUUUAGAGCGGAAAACAUGAAUGAAAACAACAAGGGCAAACAGCAGGUCGAACGUCAUCAAUCAGAAAACUCGUCAAGGCUCGCCGAAGUAGCAGGAACUUCGUCCAGGACCACUAUUUCUAACGUUGCUGCAUCUGAAGCUGUUACUUCUGGCGCGAUUGAAAAAAGGUCCACCAAGGUUUUAUUGGCAACAGCUGUUAUUAUGAUGGAGGAUAAUUUGGGAAUUCGUUAUCCAGCCCGUGCACUACUGGAUUCAGGAUCUGAAUGCAAUUUCGCAACUGAACGUUUAGCUCAACGGAUGAAUGUUGCAAGGGAGCGACACAAUAUUUCGGUGCUUGGUAUCGGCGAUUCUUCCACCAAGGUCAAACACAAAUUUCGAGCUACCGUCCACUCGAGAGUUUCUGGCUACAAUCAAAUUUUGGAAUUUUUGGUACUCCCAAAGGUAACAGCAAAUCUCCCGUCUCAAUCCGUACACAUAUCGAACUGGAAUAUUCCUCCCGAAAUUCAGUUGGCUGACCCGACCUUCUUCAAAUCGAAUGGAAUCGAUCUUGUCUUGGGAAUUCCUGCAUUCUUCAGCUUUUUCACGUCUGGAAACAAAAUGCCCAUUGGAGAUGGGCUACCGAUGUUGACUGAAUCUGUGUUCGGAUGGGUAGUGUCAGGCGAAGUGGAAUCUACUGGAAGUUUGAGUUACUUAGGAUGCAACUUGGCAAUAUCAAAGAAUCUGGAUGAACUUUUAGAGCGGUUUUGGUCCUGCGAGGAAGUAGGAGCCUCUCAUAACUAUUCUCCGGAGGAAGCGCUUUGUGAGGCACAUUUUGAGCGCACUGUCCGUCGUGGUUCAGACGGACGCUACACGGUAACACUUCCCAAGAACGAGCACACUUUCUCAGAACUUGGUGAUUCAAGGGAGAUCGCACUGAAAAGGUUUCAGAGUCUCGAGAGACGAUUGUUGAGGGAUGGAGAUAUUCGGCAACAAUAUACCGACUUCAUGCGAGAAUAUGAAAAUUGCGGACACAUGCAGAAGGUGGAGGCAAGUGGUUUGGAUCACAAUCGGUGCUAUCUACCACAUCAUCCCGUGGUGAAAGAGACCAGCACAACGACGAAGCUGAGGGUCGUUUUCGACGCUUCAUGUGCGACAACAUCGGGACGGUCCCUAAAUGACGCUCUACUGGUAGGGCCCGUUAUUCAGCAGGAUUUAAGGGCAAUUGUCAUGCGUUGCCGAAUUCGACCGGUCAUGAUAGUGGCGGACAUCGAAAAGAUGUUUCGUCAGAUUUGGAUGGACCCCAAUGACUCACCACUCCAAAGCAUUCUUUGGAGAUCUACUCCCGAACACGAGAUUGAAAUCUUCGAGCUAGGUACUGUAACGUACGGAACGAAACCGGCACCAUUCCUUGCCACGCGGGUGCUGAAACAACUUUGUUGUGACGAGGGUCGCAAUUUUCCAUUGGCAGCAGAGGCAAUCGAGAAUGACACAUACAUGGAUGAUGUCAUUUCCGGAGCUGAGGAUAUCCAAACGGCUAAGGCGAAGGUUAAUCAACUUAUUUCUAUGACGGCUAGAGGAGGUUUCAAAUUGCGAAAAUUUGCUUCAAAUCAACCACAAGUUUUGGAAGGGUUACCGGAGGAAGAUUUGGCGGUAUCUGAAAUCACUUGGGAUCAAGAUCCGGCAAUCAAGGCACUCGGGCUCACUUGGCUGCCUAACUCAGACUGUUUUAGGUUUCAAUUCGACAUUCCAAUACUCUACAAAGAUGGACUCACGAAACGGAAGGUUCUCUCGAUCAUCGCCACUCUUUUUGACCCUCUCGGACUUUUGGGUGCCUCGAUUACCACAGCAAAAAUAUUCAUGCAGCGCUUGUGGACACUGCGCGACUCGGAAGGGGAACGGUUGGAUUGGGAUGUCUUACUUCCCCCCGGAGUGAUCGAGGAAUGGGCUCAAUAUCAUCGACAUCUACCUGCAUUAAAUGAGAUACGAGUUCCACGAUGCGUUGUCACUCCGAAAGCAGCCCGAACGGAGCUCCAUUGCUUCUCCGAUGCCUCCGAGAAGGCCUAUGGCGGCUGUUUAUACUUACGGAAUACGGAUAGGGAUGGAAAUGUAACGGUCAAUCUUCUAUCAUCGAAAUCGAAAGUGGCGCCUUUGAAGACCCAAUCCUUACCUCGGCUGGAAUUGUGUGGAGCAUUAAUUACAGCAGAGUUAGCAAAAAAGGUCCUCGAAGCGAUAGGAAAGCUCGAUAACAUUCACUUCUGGUCAGAUUCUACGUGCACUCUUCGAUGGCUCGAAUCUCCUCCUGCUACCUGGACAACAUUUGUAGCUAAUCGCGUGGCAAAAAUUCAGGGAAUUUCGGAUGGCUACAUUUGGAAGCAUGUUCCAGGAAAACAAAACCCUGCUGACUUAAUUUCCCGGGGAAUCAGUCCUGACAAUCUACUUUCAAAUAAAUUAUGGUGGGAAGGUCCAGAGUGGCUUAAAUCAACCCCGGAGCAUUGGCCAAAACUAGAAUCUUCUAAACUACCUGAGGAGCCUGGGGAAUUACGGAAUGUUCAUGUUUCUACUAAAAACCUUUCAUUCAUCAACGAAUUUAUUUCAAAAUAUUCGACCUUUUUGAAACUUAUUCGUGCAACAGCCUACUGGCUACGAUUAAUUGAAUCAUUUCGUCAACCGAAAGAGAACAUGAAGAAGGGAUUUCUUUCAGUCCAAGAGCUACAUGAUGCAGAAAUGACUAUCAUCAAAAGGAUCCAGAAUGAAUCAUUCCACGAAGAGCUGAAGCAGUUACGACUAUCGAAACCGGUCCCUCGAAGCUCUCCAUUGCGGUGGUUUAAUCCCAAGGUCACUCCCGACGGAGUUCUUCGAAUUGGCGGCAGGUUAUCACACUCGGACGAGUCCUUUGACGCGAUGCAUCCUAUGGUUCUCCCGGCUAAGCACCCUUUCACGGAAAUGUUAUUUGCUCAUCACCACGAAGCCUUAUUGCAUGCAGGCCCACAACUCCUUUUGAGCACUAUUCGCCAACGGUAUUGGCCACUUGGUGGAAGGCAUGUUGUCAGAAAGGUAGUCCACAAAUGUCAGCGAUGUUUCCGAGCUAGGCCUCAAAUUCUCCAGCAGCAGAUGGGAGAUCUCCCGAGGUCCAGAGUUAUCGUUUCAAGACCUUUCACAAAAUGCGGCGUGGAUUAUUUUGGUCCGGUAUUCCUAAAGGCUGGACGUCGAAAUGCAGCUAUCAAAACUUACGUCGCAGUUUUUGUGUGUAUGACCACAAAGGCGGUCCAUCUCGAACUGGUCGGUGAUCUCUCAACUGAGAGAUUUCUACAAGCGUUGCGGCGAAUGAUAGGCAGGCGAGGCAAGGUUUCGGAUAUGUACUCCGACAAUGGUACGAAUUUUGUUGGGGCGAGAAACCAGUUACGAGAACUAUUUGCCCAGCUGAAAAAUAAGCAACACAACGAGACGGUUUCGAAGGUAUUGGCAGCGGAUGGAGUGCAAUGGCAUUUUAACCCUCCAAGUGCCCCACAUUUUGGCGGUUUGUGGGAAGCCGCGGUUCGAUCCGCAAAGUAUCACAUUUUGCGUGUUGUAGGUGGAAAUGCUAUGGAUCGAGAAGAUUUUGAAACUUUAUUGAUACAAGUAGAAGCAUGUUUGAAUUCUCGGCCUUUAACUGCCAUGUCAGAUGAUCCAACAGAAUUAGAACCUUUAACACCAGGGCAUUUUAUAGCAGGCGGGCCGCUUCAAUCACUACCAGAACCAGAGUAUGGACAGGUGCAAUUGAAUAGGUUGAGUAGGUGGCAAUUGGUACAACGGAGAGUUCAGGAUAUUUGGAAACGAUGGAGGUUGGAAUACUUGUCACAGCUGCAGAGUAGAACGAAGAAUUGGAGUUCACCAGAAAAAAUAAUCGUUGGAAAAUUGGUCAUAGUGGUUGACGAAAAUCAGCCACCGAUGCGGUGGAAAAUGGCAAGGAUAAAGGAGUUACACCCAGGAGAUGAUGGCGUGGUGCGAGUUGUAACCGUCAAAACAGCAAAUGGAUCCUUGAAGCGACCGGUUGCAAAAUUGUGCCUAUUGCCAUCUCCAGAAGAAGCAGAUGCGGAAUUAGUCGAGAACAAAGAGUCUCGCCUAUAA